AUGGUAGGUAAGGCAUUAUCUCAUGAUUUUGGAGCUUUGGCAGAUGAUGGGAUGGUUAAAGGUGCUAGAGUUGCGUUUGAUAGUAUGGAGAAGAGGGAUGAGGUUUCGUGGAACAGUAUGGUUGCAGGCUAUGUUACAAAUGGACUUGACUUGGAAGCUUUUGAAAUGUUUUAUCAAAUGCGACUUGCAGGUGUAAUGCUUACACAGAUGAUAUUUGCUACCAUGAUUAAACUAUGUGCUAACCUUAAAGAAUUAGGUUUUGCUAGACAGCUUCAUUGUCAGAAUGUUGUGUCAUGGACGGCCAUGAUCAGUGGGUACUUACAGAAUGGUGGAACAAGGCAGGCAGUGAAUUUAUUUUGCCAAAUGAACAGGGAAAGUGUUAGACCGAACCAUUUCACUUAUUCUACCAUCCUUACGGCUGAUCAUCCUGCCAUUUCUACUUUCCAACUACAUGCACAAGUCAUUAAAACUAAUUAUGAGAAAUCAUCUUCAGUAGGAACUGCACUUUUAGAUGCUUAUGUUAAGAUGGGCUGCAUUGAUGAAGCUGCAAAAGUAUUUGAAUUGAUUGACGAGAAGGACAUUGUGGCAUGGUCAGCAAUGGUAGCUGGAUAUGCUCAAAGAGAAGACGCAGAGGGAGCUGUUAAAUUUAUCUCUGGUUGGCAAAAGAGGGUGUCAAACCAAAUGAGUUUACCUUCUGUAGUAUCGUUUAUGCCAUAUUUUUUUACGCCAUAUGUUUUUACACGUUUAUGA